AUGGCUGACGAUGACGAACUCUUUUAUCUGCAACCGGGCUUUGAUUUUAACAGCCUCACUGUCCCAAGAUUGCGGAACAUUCUGGUUGGACACAGCAUUACUUAUCCAUCUGGUGCAAAGAAAAGCCAGUUGAUAGAGAUAGUUGAGCAACACCUUCUUCCACAAGCAAGGAAACUCCUCAAAGCGCAAGCCAGAGUCCGUCGCACAAGCAAGGGCAUUACCGAUGUCCCCAGCAGCCAAGAUAGUACCUUGGACGAUGACGAUGAAGAUGACAAACAAUUGAUGCCUCCUCCCCCGGCGCCGAAGACUCCCCGUAGCAGGAAGAGCAAGUCAGACCUAGCAACCGGAUCUGCUGCCACCGCCGCUACUCCUUCAACCUCCAGAAGAUCCAAAACUCCAAGCCGACGGAGUACCACCAGGACCCCCCGUGCGUCAGAUACGGAGCCCGAGAUAGAAAACACGGUGCGCCGAUCCCGCAAGAGUGCACCAACGCAGGCUAUUUUGCAACCCUCAGUCAAGCUGGAAGAACCGGACAUCAGAUUGAAGAGAGAAUCUCUGGACUCUGAUCAAAGCCCAUUUUCGGACGAGAACCCAUUCCAAUCAGGUUCCAGCCCCCCCUCCGGGUCGAAAAGACUAUCGUCAGUAGCCCGAAAUCGCAAGUCUCUUACAUCUUCAAGUGUAAAGAAGAGUCCUACAAAGCGAAGACAAACCACGUCUCCACCCGUUAAGCAAGAAGAGUUUUCACCUCAGAGGACUGCGAUAGAGUUCCCUGUCUCCAGACUGACUUCAAAUUCUCCUGAUGGAAUUCCAGUCACAGAAGAGUUCACACCUGAUGCAGCUCGAGACCUUGCAGAGCAGGAGAGAAACGGUCAGGUGGCCCCGGGUAGGACAUCUGCUCUGGUACGGCGGAAGAAAAAGACACCUCCUAGCACCGUAGCAAAGGUUGCACCCUGGACCGUCCUCACCGGCUUACUCAUAGGGCUGGGGACUUGGUACCGGCAGGAAAAAGUCAGGAUAGGAUACUGUGGUGUUGGUCAGCCCAAUUGGAGCUUGGUUGACAAUCCCCGAAUUCCUGCUUGGAUCCACGAAAAUUUGCAGCCACAGUGCGAACCAUGUCCACUCCACGCAAUCUGCAAUUCCAAUAUGGAGGUUGAGUGUGAGACUGACUAUGUCCUCAAGCAACAUCCACUCAGUCUGAAUGGCUUGAUACCUGUGCCCCCCACGUGUGAGCCAGAUAGUGAAAAGGAAAGAAGGAUCAAUAUCGUCGUGGACAAGGCGAUUGAUUUACUUCGAGAGAGGCGCGCUGCAUAUGAAUGUGGAGAAGAGAUCCUCAGCUCGAGAUUCAGCGAACCUUCUGAGAGCGAGAGCGUGCAAACAGUAGCGACUGCUUCAGCGUCCAAGCUGCAGGUCUCUGAAGAGGAAUUAAAGAGUGCGAUAUCAAAGCAGAAACGAAAGGGGAUGAGCGAUCAUGACUUUGAAGAUCUGUGGCAUAGUGCCAUUGGACUUGUGAUGAACAGGGACGAAGUUGAGGUGACCAGUGAUGGAUCCGGAAACAUCGUCCUUUCAAGCCACUCCCUCGCAUCACUCCCCAUCCUCUGCUCCAUCCGAAGAUCGCUUUUUCGGAAGAUUUCAGAAUAUCGAAUCCCUUUUGGAGUUUUGAUGUCUCUGGGACUGAGUCUUGUAUAUGCGCGCAGCAAAUUCAUCGCUCACCAGCGGGCCACUGCGCAGAUCCCCACAUUGGUGGGAACCACACUGGAUCGACUUGCUACACAAGCGGCCUUGAAGGAAGAUGGACGCGCCUCUGAACCGUACAUUAGUGUUGGGCAGUUGAGAGACGACGUGCUCCGAAACGUCUUUAGUGCUUCAGAGCGAGAGCGCGUGUGGCAGAAUGUCCGGAAAGUUGUCGAAGGCAACUCCAACGUGAGGGCCUCGACCAGAGAAGGCGGCAAGACCGGCGAAUGGAGUCGUGUAUGGGAAUGGAUUGGGCCUAUCGAUUUGGCACCAGGCUUGGAAGGGCGUCGCUCUGGCGGACUCAUUCGAGACGGGAGUGCAAGUGCGAACCCGAGCACCGGAGCGACACCUGAUAAUGCGGAAGGGAGAGCCAACCUGGGCGGCACAGGCACGGAGGUCAGGCGAUGGAAUGAGGGCAGAGCAAUUUAUUGA